CUAGACAUUUGUUUGUCAAAGCGAUCAGUCGCAUAUUUCAGAGCUCCCGCAAAAACGUAGAAAUUUGCAGAAAAAUGGGAGAAAACAACGAAACAAAGGUAAAGAACAACCUGUGGAGGCUUCUGUCUCGAGGUGUAAGGACAGAACAUGUCAGCGCGUUAGCAUCACGCCUACGAAAGAUGUUCAUGCAGCUAGCGGCUUUUGUGAGACAUGCCCGGUCCACGGACGCGUACGACGAUACCAGACCCCUUACAAAGGGAGAGAAGUCCUUGAUAAAUCCCAUCUACAAAGGGCCCCAAAUCACCGUUCCGUGGACUGGUCCCGUGUUCGAGUUCCCCACAUCUCGGAAACUCACAAACGCCGAGCUGAAGGCUCAGGUGAACCUGCUGGAACUCAGGUUCUGGAAGCAGGGCGAGAUAAUGGCAAGGCACAGGAGUCAGACAUGCGUCUUGCAGAGGGUCCGGUCCGCCAGGAUUCCGUUUUUCAACGAAAAGAAAGUGGCGGAGAUGGCCGACCUUGUUGAAAAAAUCAAACUGCGACAGUACAUCAAGGAGUCUGGCCUAGACGGAUUUGGUGUUUUAACGUGAGAGCAAGAUGUUUGACGCGAAGCAAUGCAAAGACGUUUUUAUAUAAUUAUAUAUUUUAUAUAUUUUCGCAUUAAAACGUUGUGUAAAGUCAUUUUUUUUACUUUCAAAUUAUUUCAUGCGUUUUUGUGCAUAUAUAUAUAAUCUGUAUAUAUAUAUUUAAGAAUCACUUUUGGGGGACAUUGUUUCAAUUGGGGACAUUGUUUCAAUUGUAUUAUUAGUUGUUUUAUGGCGAAUGUUUUAAUGAAUAAAUCGGUGAUACGGUAAA